AUGUCGAUCCCCGUCCUGCGAGGCACCGCGCGUGCCUUUCGAGCAACAUCGCGAUGCUCCAGCAUCCAGUCGUGCCUGAGGAGGAAUGUUUCAUCCACCGCUACUGAGAGCCAACAGAGGAGCAUUAUCACAGGCAAGGCCUGGGUGGAUAAGGAAGAAACCCGAGUCUCACAUGAUACCGCAGACAAGUACUCCGAAGGGUACCCCGGUGCGAGAUACUAUGGCGGCAAUGAGUUUAUCGACCAUUCAGAAAGGCUGUGUCAGCAGCGCGCCCUCGAGACCUUUGGUCUCGACGAGAAGCAAUGGGGCGUUAAUGUCCAGGCUCUCUCCGGCGCCCCCGCGAACCUCUACGUUUACUCCGCCCUGAUGGAUGUCCACGAUCGGCUCAUGGGCCUCGACCUCCCCCAUGGCGGCCACUUGUCACACGGCUACCAGACUCCCACCAAGAAGAUCUCGUUCAUCUCCAAGUACUUUGAGACGCUGCCGUACCGGCUUGAUGAGACGACGGGCACUAUCGACUAUGAUGCUCUGGAGAAACUGGCCGUUCUGUACCGGCCCAAGAUCAUCAUUGCCGGUGCCAGUGCGUACAGCCGCCUCAUCGACUACCAGCGCAUGCGCGAGAUCUGCGACAAGGUCAACGCCUACCUCGUGUCCGACAUGGCCCACAUCUCGGGCCUGGUUGCCGCCAAGGUCAUGCCCAGCCCCUUUGCCUACUCUGAUAUUGUUACCACCACCUCUCACAAGUCUCUUCGUGGACCUCGAGGCUCCAUGAUCUUCUUCCGCCGGGGCGUCCGCCGCGUCAACCCCAAGACCAAGGUCGAGGAGAUGUACAACCUCGAGAACCCCAUCAACACGUCCGUCUUCCCCGGCCACCAGGGUGGUCCGCACAACCACACCAUUGCCGCCCUGUCGGUCGCGCUGAAGCAGGCCCAGACGCCCGAGUUCCGCGAGUACCAGGUGCAGGUCUUGGCCAACGCCAAGGCGCUCGCCAAGCGCCUCAGCGAGGAGAAGGGCAAGGGCGGCCUGGGCUACAAGCUCGUCUCGGGCGGCACCGACAACCACCUGAUGCUCGUCGACCUCAAGCCCCAGGGCAUCGACGGCGGGCGCGUCGAGCGCGUGCUCGAGCUCGUCGGCGUCGCGGCCAACAAGAACACGGUGCCCGGCGACCGCUCGGCCCUGGUCCCGGGCGGCCUGCGCAUGGGCACGCCCGCCAUGACGACGCGCGGCUUCAACGAGGAGGACUUUGCGCGCGUGGGCGACAUUGUCGACCGCGCCGUCAGCAUCGCCGUGCGCGUCGACAAGGCCGCGCGCAAGGCGGCCGAGGACAAGGGCGAGAAGAGCCCCGGCAAGCUCAAGCUGUUCCUCGACUACCUCGGCUCCGGCGAGAACGACCCCGAGAUCGUGCAGCUGCGGAGCGAGGUCGCCGACUGGGUGAGCACGUACCCGCUGCCCUGGGACGGUGCUCAGCCUUGA